AUGUCGACUGUAAGACUUUCAUCUACCUGCAUGUUCAGAAGUGCCCCUCUUACCCAACCAAAGAGUGCAUUUGUGAAGAGCUCAUCAUCCAUUACUUCUGUAAAGAGGGUCUCUAAAUCAUUUGGCCUGAAAGCUGACCGUUACAGAGUGACUGCAUCAGCUGAGAACGCGGGAGUUGAAUUGCCAUACUCUUGCAGAGCCGGGGCAUGCUCUACCUGCGCGGGGAAGAUCAAAAUGGGCGCUGUGGAUCAAUCUGAUGGGUCUUUUCUCGAUGACAACCAAAUGGUAGAGGGAUAUGUCUUGACUUGUGUUUCUUACCCAACUUCAGAUUGUUGUUUCAGUUAA